AUGGCCUUCGCCUUUUCCCGGUCCAUGAGGAAGGUCAACCGGGAUAAGGGGGCCUGCAUUAUGUCACAUAGACUUUCGGAUAGCUGGGGGCAUGGCCAUUCUGUCGCUUCAGGUAGGAUGACUGCAACUCUAUAAAUUGGCUGACAGAUGUCACAACAUCACAUGACUCUUCUGAGGAAGACUGCGGGAAGUUUGCAGUCAAAACAUUAGAAAAAAAAAGGUCUUGUGUCUCGAUAGAAAACAGUAUUAAUGCAUAUUGAAUCCUUUUGGGCAUUUAGAGCUCCAGUUAAAACUGAAUUACAGCUUAGACUAUCGAACAUCCAGGUAACAAACAAACAGGAGAAAACAUUUUCAAACUGCUGUCAAGAUUUCACUUCGUUUCCCAACUUUUAACGAUGACGAUCACACUGUGAUGUUAGUGGCCCAGGGAUCUGCAUCUCAUUGGCUUCAAGAUUCUCUCAUGGUUGUCGCCUCAAGUGGCAAUCAGUGUUUCACCGUCACAACCUCUGGAAGGUUCACUAGAGAAGCAACUUUGAUGCUGAUGCAGAAUUAAUGAAAAAUGGCAAGACCCCCAUUGAUAGAGUGACCAUACGUCCUCUUGUACCCGGACACCUUCUGUCUGGCCUUGUUUAUAAAAUCCUUGAAAUUUCUGGGGUUUUGUAUGGAAGUUUUGAGUUUGUGUCAUGUGGACUUGCUGAGUUAGAAGCGUGUAAAAAAACACUCAAUCAAACCCGGAAAACUCUCAAAAUUAACUACACACAACUCCAUGACUCCGCCCCAUGUAGUCAUGUCCUCUUUUGGGGGAUUCAGAAUAUGGUCACCCUACCCAAUAAAAGCAAAAAAUAACAUUUUUAUUUCUAGUUUAUGACUGAUUCCCAAUCUUAAUGGAAAAUAAGUGAUGGAUGGACUCUUAGCAGAUACCUUCUUUUAAGAAAAAAAGCUGUACAUCACUUUUUUUUCACCUAUUAAAGUCCCAAUGAGGCAUGAGGCCAGAAGAGGAAUAAGAAUUAAAUAAGAAAGAAAGCAGUGAUAAGGCAAGUUGAUGCUAUUCCCUUGACACUGUGGUGUUUUAAAGGAUGGACUCUAACUGAGACAAAAAAGAAAAGAAAAACAGCGCUGGAAGAGAAGAAGAAAGCCCUUUGUAUGAUCAAACAGAUACCUCUCGAGCUGCUGAUCACAAAUUCUAAACCAUGAGGCCAAACAGCGAAGGCAGAGAGGAAAAUAAUGACACAGACAACUUAAUCUAAUCCCAUACGGUGUGUGUGAGUAACACAAGAAGAAUAAAAAGAGUCAUUUCUGGUGGAGAGUUUUCACUCUGAGGGAGGAUCAGUCACACCAUGUUGAUCUUAUUGUCCAGGAUAAGAGGAUGAGCAGCAGAGUCCUCUGGAAAGCUCUACUAACACCCUGACAGAACACAGAAAAUAAUAGGAGGAUGACAAAUUACAGUUUUUACAAAGACUGGUCUGGUUGAUUAUGGAUAAUUAUUAAAAUCUGGUUGCUGAGAGGAGUUCGGUGCAUAAAAGACUAAAGGUGAUGGUGGAGGCACUGAGUGGUUGUCAAUCAGCACUUGGAGCAGGUCAGCAGAAGGUCCAGGCUACAGGUGGUUGGGAUUGGUUUGGCUCAGAGAUGUCAGCUGAACGGUGGAUCAGAUGUCCCACACAUGGACACACACCGUUGACAUCCUGAGGAUCCCUCAAGAUUUUGAAAGUCCAAAUGAAAUCACUAAAUAAAUGGGCCAGGUAUGGUUUCAGAACAUGGUCCUACAGAACCACACAUUUACAGUGAAGUUGUUUUAUCUGCAGUUACAUGUCGGUGUCUUCACAGCUGUUUUAGACUCUGAUUGGCUUUUGCUGUGAUUUAGAGGCACUGUUGCUGAUGAUGGAGCCACAUCUGUUAUAUGGAGAAAGUCUGAAUCCUCUCAUUUCACACACUGUUUGAGAGCAAUUUAAAAAAAAUGGCAUUGAGGAAAAAAUAGACCAGUAGGCAGUUCAGCUACAUAGAAAAAAAUAAAAAAUAAAAUGAUGGAUGGUGUCAUUUCAGAACAAGAAGGAAAAAAACAAAACCAGACAACAGCUGAGAGGAGCGAUAUUUUAACCAUUUUUACCUCCUCUUUUCCGGUUAACACAGACUAAUGUAGAAGGGACAGGGCUGGCGUAGAGGGUUUGAUAGAUCCUGGGGGAAAUCUCCUGCAAACAUAAAUAUGUUCUUUUAAGUUUCAUCUGCCUCCUGAUGUGGUUUCAUUUAUGAUCUCUUUCAUGAGCUGUCUGUUAUGUUUCGAUAUUUAUGGCUCCAGAAAUACGCUCAUUCCUCUCAAUCAAACCCCCUCCCUCCCAGCAGACAGCACAAGGUUAGGACUUGAGACCAAAGUGUUUUAUGAGUGUAUAUGAAAUACAGACAAGAAUCGUAUUAAAGUCUUUGUAUUAUUGCUGAAAUGUGUAUCACACAGCUUUAUUAUGGUCUUUUACUAUAUAACUGAAACUUUGUGACUAAAUCUUACUACGUACUCUAAACUACUUCAAACUAUGGCUGCUACACAGUCAUGUUUUUUGUGUUUACCUCCCCAAAUCCCCACAGGUCUGAAAUGGUCCGUUCAUAUUUAAAAAAAAAAAAAAUUAAAAAAGGAAACAAAUAUUUUCCAGAAUCACCAGUAUUGAUAAUAAGAUUGUACAUUUAUAGACUUAAGCUUAGUUUUUCCUCCUAAAAUUUUGAUGUAUUAUUUUAAUUUUUGCCUACAUGCCUCUGCUUCUCUUUAUCUCAGAGGGAAUUACUGUCACAUUUAAGGCACAAGCAAGGAUAGAGCCAGGUUCACCACUUUUUAAAUAGUCCAACAGUUUAAGACCAAUGUUUCUCAAUGUACAAGUGCGGGAGUUAAGUGAUUUCAUCAUCUACAGUCAAUAAUGUCAUUAAAAGAUUCAGAGAAACAGAGAAAUCUCUGCAGGUAAUCAGCAAGGUUGAAAACCGACACUAAGUGAUUGUGACCAGUAGCGGUUCUAGGCACGGGCGAACAGGGCAGCCGCCCGGGGCGGCAUUUGUGUCAUGACUCAUGGGGGGCGGCACGAGCACUUCCAAAAAAAUAAAAUAAAAGAUAAUAAUAAUAAAUCUUAACCGCAAAGCGGUUUUGUAUUAACUCUUGUUGUCAAAUUGGCGCCCCCCCGCUGCUGUAGGCGCCCCUGCUUGCUCCGAAGGUGCUGCACAGAGGCUGACAGACUGUAGGAGACGAGGCGGGGAGAGAGUCGCGGGGGGACAGCUCUGCUCUGUGUACGCAUGUCAGCAUAUCAGCGGGAGCGCGGAUACGUCAUUUUGUAGUUUUUUAAUCAUUUCUGGAGUCGCGGUGAAUGAAAUCACCGUACCCGUCUGCCUUUGAUAGGCGAAUAAAGCGCUCGGGUUCAUGCUCGGAUCUUGCUACGUGCUUGAUGAGCUUCAUGAGUGAAGUAAACAAAGACGGAGGCAAAGAGCAGCUUCAGAGGAGAAACAUCCAGCAGUGUGAACAACCUCUUCAUAUGGAGUGCUGUGGCUCACACUAUCAGCGUUUUCUCUGAGUGUUGCAUGACUUUGGGUGAGAACAGAGAUGAACACACUGUCAGUCACGUAUUCAUUUAUUCAUUUUUUAGUGUUUAGUUCUGCUUUUGUACUGGCACUAUACUGGGGCAGCUGUUUACCCUUUCAACACCUUAUUUUCUAUAUUUACAUUUGUAUUGAAUGGACACUUUUCCAGAAUCACCAGUAUUGAUAAUAAGAUUGUACAUUUAUAGACUUAAGCUUAGUUUUUCCUCCUAAAAUAUUGAUGUCUUAUUUCAAUUUUCGCCUACAUGCCUCUGCUUCUCUGUACCUCGGAGGGAUUUACUGUACAAUUUAAGGCACAGGCAAGGAUAGGGCCAGGUUCACCACUUUUUGAAUCGUCCAACAGUUUAAGACCAAUGUUUCUCAAUGUACAGGUGCGGGAGCUAAAUGAUUUCCAUAUCUACAGUCAAUAAUGUCAUUAAAAGAUUCAAAAAACAGAGAAAUCUCUGCAGGUAAUCAGCAAGGUUGAAAACCGACACUAAGUGAUUAUGACCUUAGAUCUCUCAGGCAGCACUGCAUUAAAAAUCCUCAUCACUCUGUAAAGGAUACAACCAUUGCCAUAAUCUCUACAUCUACAAGUGCAAGUUUAAAAAAUCAACAUCAACAACAGCCAAAAACAAUGCAUGUUUCUCUAAACCCAGGCUCAUCUGAGAUGGACUGACCCAAAGUGGAAAGGUCUGUUUUAGUCUAGGUUUUAUUCACAUUUCACACAGUGUCCAAACAUCAUUGUAAUGGCAUAGUAGUUCCCAAAAGUUGCACCUUUUCUGUGAAUUAAAAAUAUUGGUGUGUUCUCUCAUCUGUUUUUUGCUUUUGCCUCUUUAACCCACUCACGUCCUUUUCCAGGUCUGUAACAGCACUGCCAGUUUGUUCCGUCUAUCUUUAAACUGUAGCAUUCAGCUAAUUUUAGGUGUGCUGUUCACUGGUAUAGUGGAGGAACAGCAUCCUCAGUUUGUUUUGCUCUAACCAUGUUUAUUUUAGGAGUCUGUGAUUUAAUAAAUGUGUGUGAGGUCAAACAGUCUUUCAAGUGUUUAAAAUUUCUCCUACACACUGAAGCUUUGCCAGUGAUGAAUGUGUGCAGAGCUUUUGGUACCAUCUCCAUAUUUAAACCCUCAAAUGAAUGCAUAUCUAGAGUUUGAACAUGUAUUUUUUUUUCCUGAAAAGAAGAUUCAGCUCACAGAAAAAGAUGAGAGCAGGAGAUGGAUCUCAGGAGAUGUGAAGCCAGACAGCCAGCAGUUUCUCAUCCCACCUGGUGUUACAGCUUUGUCACUGAAUUUCUGCUUCUCUCAUAUCUCAGGGUUCAGUUAGGGUUAAAGCAGCUGUGCAAAAUGCUGUCCGCACAGUUUCUCUAUCUGUUUAUACAACAUGCGUUUCCUCAACCAAAGUUUCUACAGCAGAAAGUAGAUAAAUCAACAGUUUUCUGACCAAGACAGUGCAAUAUGGUCAACCAUUUUUAGAAAUCAACGUAGAAUCUCAUGGAAAUGUCAGCCGUCCUGUCUUCCUCUUGCUCCCAUAGACAAGAAAAACAUUUCUACUUGUACCUGAAUGAAGCUGUUUGAGCUGUUGAUCUUAGCGAAUACAAACACAAAUUGUAGACCGACAAACAAACUGUUUCCCUCCCUCUCUCUCUGUUGUUGGACAUUCUGUCACUUCUUGGUGUUUAUAAAGACUCAGCUCUUUGAAUCAUCUUUGUUGUCAGAGAUAACCAAAUCACUGCCACGCAUGAAAGGAAGUCCCUCAUGUCUCUAAAAAGAGACAGCAGACUUUUCUUUCUCUAUCUUUUCUCGGUGUCAGAAUCCACUGAAAUGAAAAAGAGCUGCAUCCCUCUGCAGCCUCAUCAUCUCCUGAUUAUUUAACGUAAUUUAAUUUUUUUGUUAUUUUUCUGCUUCUUUUUACUCAGAGGCGUUUUGCUAUGAAAGGGUUUGUGGUUAAAUUGUAUCUUACAGGUUGGAAAGACUGUGAGUUUUUACCUUUGAGUAGUAUCGUUCACCUUAUUCUUGCUUUCACAACAACAGAUGGAGAAACCUCAAAAGCCUUUUCAAAAUGACACGGCUGAUUUUUCAUCUCAUUUUACCACAACAGUUCUGUCACUUUGUCUUUUAUGAAGUUAUGUAAUCCUGGGGGGAAAUAAAUCUUUUGAUUUAUCCUUUCUGGUCUGUGUUUUAUCACUGUCACCUUCAUCCAGCAGUCAGAGCAGGAAAAAUCUAAAAAAAACUGCUCAGCACUCACUACAUAGUGAAACGAUAUUUGGUGGUGCUAUAUGAAUUCUGAGUGAAAAUUGAUAUACCCUAUAUAGUGCACUUAUUGUUUCCCACAAUGUAUUUUAAAAUGGACUGUGCACUAACCAAGCAAUACAUCCCAUCAUGCAUUGUGGCUUGAACAAAAACAGCAAAUAGACAAUAGCUCUUUUUUUUUUCAAACAGGUGUUUAAACUGUUGAACAUUUUACAAAACAUGAUAAAAUAUAAAGUACAAACAGUGAACUACAUCGGAAUAAAAACAAGAUUAAACUUUUUUUAAAGCUCCUGUGAGGCAUUUUUUUGUGAAACUCAUAUUCAGGACUCUCAAGACUAACAGUGUCUAUGCUUUAGUGUUUCAUGCCUGUAGCUAGUGCAAGGGUAUGAGGGGGUAGGUGAGGAGGUGAAAGUCAGUGGAGCUUUUGAAUUGUCCACAUUAGAGCUUCUGUGAAGAGGCACCAAAAUCAGCACAGCCAAAAAGUAACAUUUGACUGCCAAAAUAUAACAGGAUAAGAUUUUUUUUUACUACUCAUACUUUAUAGGACAAUCAGCAAACACCACUGUGUCCACAGAGGGCGCCAAAGUUGACACAAAUCUUAAGUUCCUCAUAGGAGCUUUAAAAACCAAAAGACUUUCUUUGGAGUUUCUUCCCCAUGAUAACAGCUAGGAGACAGUCUGCACAAGAUCUGUCAAUUAAAUGUGUUUAACAAAUUAAGGAUUUUAUUAUUGUUUUAAAGAUAUUAGUAUUAAGUAUCUGUAUUUGUCAAUACAUGUUAUUGAUAAAAUAAUGCAAUAAUGUAUUUAUCACUGAUCUCCAGCUGAAUUUGAGCUGUACAUUUAACUGUGCAACAGCGAUGGUGCCAUUACUCAGUAGUGUCCAGAAUGUACCCUCUAAACUGUUCUCUCUUAUACUCUUUUAAAUAUUAUUUUUUACUAAAAUGGAUCCUUAAGUCUGAGCUUUGAAGUGAGGCUGGCUUCUGAAGUGAGAACACAGAAUAACUGGGAGCUCUUAGUACAGACUGAGCCAAAUAUAUGUUCAAGGAGAAACCUGGAUCUUCUCUCAAGACACCACUUUCUUCCUCCUCCUCCUUUUUUAAUUGGCAACUUAAAAAAGAAACAUACCGUUGAUGAUGAGAACAAAAACAGUGUGUUUCACAUAAACGUUGAACUGAAGUGUAAUUAAAAGAUCUACACCCUGUUUGAUAUCUUUGUAUUCAUGUCUGUAUUUGCUCUUACAGCAUGUUAGCUACUCCUCAGAUCCCUUGGUGUGAAGUGGACUUUUGUGUCUGUGGAUGUGUAGUGGCUGGAAAAGGAGUUACAUCCAGUUCUGACUGACCUGAGGGAGAGGCAGCAGUUAAUAAAACCUCACAGCUGCAGCGAAUCAAAUCAGUUCAGAGGAUUUUGUUUUGCAUUAAUUGUUUUUCCUGCUUUCUCUGUAUCUGCAUCAGCUGGGAGGAAAUCAUUUCCUUGACGAAGAAGCUCCACGCUGCAAGAGGAAAAAUAAAUUGCUUUUCUGGUGCUUCAGUGUGGAUGUGGAAAUGAAUUCCAAUGUUGCUGUGAUUAGUUUCAUAUCAGAUUGUGAGCUGAAGGAUUUGGUGCUUAAAAAUCUGAAUGUGAAACAGCAGAGGAAUCCUAAACUAACCAAAUAUUUGUUUUUUCUUUUGUUUACAGCAGAAAGAAAUAUGGUAAGCUGCUUUUCCCCCAGUGAUAGAAAAUCCUCUCAAUAUCAGAUGGACAAACUUUCCAUCUGUUUUAGUCUUGGUUUUCCUUUGUUAUCUUUUGUUUUACUAACAUUUUCUCAUGCUCUUAUUUUUGCCCCUCUUCAUUCCUUUCUUUCUGCUCAUCUAUUUCCCUCCUUUAUCAUUCUUUGACCCCACCUUAUAUCCGUCUUGUUUCCGUGCCUUGCACUUUCUUUAUUUCUUUACUUUUUUUUUUUUUUUUUUUUUUUUUUAAUCUAAAUCCUCUUCUGACUCAAUCCUCCCUCUCUCCUUGCAGAGUUGAGGAGUGGACCUGGAGCUGAACAGGCUGAUGAUGGAGGGGAGGUGACGUGGCAGCUGGGGGUGUCCACACUCACCUGUCUUGGAGGCAUUGUGCUGCUGGCCAUGGUGAGGGGGUUAAAUUGAGUAGAUCAUGUGGCAAAACAUUAAAAAAAUAAGAAUAAUAAAAAUAAAAAAAAUGAACAGAGACAGUCCUUUUUUUCAUCUUUGUUUCUGUAUUUAAAACAACAUUAACAACAAUAAUACGUUAAACUUUAAAUACAUAUCAGAGGUGAAAAAAAAACAUGUGCAUACAGAGCUUGACACUAACUUUUUUCACUAGAGCACAUGUGCUCUUAAGUUGAAAAAGAAAGGAGCACACAAAGAACUUUAGGGGCACACUGGAAAUUGAUUAAGUAAUGUGUGUCUUAUUGGUCGACAUAAGUUCUAUUAUUUGAAAUCAAUUUUAGGUCAAUUGGUCAUGUGACAUGGAAGCUAUUAAAGGUAAACAGCUUUUUUGAGAACAUCAACCAGUAAUUUAUUGAUGGUCCCUUAUUCAACAACCGAUGUCGACGAGUAGGUUUAACCUCGCUGCUGUUGCUAUUACCGGUUGUGGAGAGUGAGAAGACACCGGUUGAUCUGCGGUGAAUGUCCGUCGAAUAUCCAACCUAAAACUAACUUCACCGCGGUAUUAACUUGAAAAAACAUUUGUUGACUCAGCUGAUUUUUUUUAUGCACACAUGUGCCCCUAAAUACAUUUUACAAUAUGCACACAUCUAUUUUUAGUUGCAAAUGUGAGUGAAACGGUCACACUGUCGAGCCCUGGCAUAACUGCAAAAGCGAGAGAUGGACGAAGGUUAGAUUGAUGUGUAGUUGAAUCAGUUGGUAAGCAGGCAGAUCCACAGCAGCAUUGCAAAAGUUUUGAAACCACAGGACUAAAAGUGUGUGCUUGAACUGAACAUUGAUUGCUUUUGCAGCAGGACUUUCAGGUAGAUGCUGAUCAUCGCUGACACACAUCAGAGUUUGUCUAUGUGCAGAAUGACAGAAACCUCUGUUCAAUAAAGCUCUCAUCUCUCUGUGAUCACUGCAGAUCUAUACUCCUUCAGAGAAACACACACUCAUACACUAUAUGUCAGACAGAAAAUAAACACACAACUCACUGCAGUUUGAUGUUUCCACUGAAAGGUGAAGAGCAAAAAGUCAUGAGCGAAGUGACAGAUGUUUGUUCUCACUGAGACGCUGCUCUUGCUCUUUUUUUUAUCUUACAGUAGGAGAUGUAAUAGUUACAGAUUUUAUUUGCUUAAUUUGAUUCUCAAAGUGAAAUCAGAAGAAGAAACAGCUUCCUGAAACAAAUGAGGUAGAAUCAGUGUUUCACUAACAAGCUCUAACACCAGAACCAGAACCUUCUAACUGAGAGUGAACCGUUUUCAUUUUCUCCUCCCCUGAAUUUCUUAUCGCUCUCUUGCUGUGUGGUUCCUCUCUGUUUGCUCAUUUGCUCACACCGCCAGUGUGAUCCCCACAUCUCUUUACUGUACAUCCCAAAUGCUAUCAUUAGUAUUUGAUUCAUAGCCUUUGAAACUUGCUGCAGUUCAAACUUAUAAGCAUUAACGCUCUUCUCACAAUCCAGAGUAUUAUAUAAUGAGGGCCAUCUGAUGGAAGCUCGGUAUUAGUAUGUUUUCUUUCGUUUUGCCAUGAAUAAGGGGCCUUUGUCUGGAAUAGUUUACAUCUGGUUGGAUGCAGCUGUACCCACCCUGACUUGAAUUUCAACAUUUGACAGAGUGAAGAAACAUUGACAUCAGGAUUAGUCAGAGUUUGUCCUCUGCAGGUGUGAGACACAGAUUAGUGAAAGAGAGAGGCCUCCUCAUAUCUGUUAUUUACAGUCAGUGCUAUCUCAGCAUCAGGGCAUCUAACUGUAUCCAAGCAGACUGCGAUCAGUCACACCAUCAUGUUGUCAGAAACUGUGCUUGGAAAUCGCUCCAGCUGAGCACAAAUAGGCUGCACUGAGGUAAUCUAUUACAGCAGCAGAGACAGACUUUUUUGACUAGCACAGACUUAAGGUGGCCGGGGGAGCUAAAACUUAAAGGGCUUACCCCAACCCAGGAGGAUUAUCUCUAAUUAACCACAUAAAAUCAUCUAAAAUUUCACAGUCUUGAACAGAGCGGCACAUUUAUAUCCGACAACUUAAUUCUUAGAGGACUCAAAAAGAAGACACUUUGGCUUAAAGCUGCCAUUUUUAUUAACAAAAUGAAAUGUUCCCAUUAAAAGGCAAAAAGGUUUGUAGCAGCCUUUAACACAUGACCUGAAUGCAAAGUGGUUGACUUCAAUAUAAAAGCCACCUCUGUUUGGGACCUCAGAGCUUUGUAAAUGAUCUUUCGGCACCAUAGACUGUUUGCUGUCAGUGGGUGAAGCCAUUGCGGGAACAGCACCCUCUGGUGACGGGCUGCAGUAUAAGUCAUAAAUCCCGCCUCCUCCAGCAAUCCCUAUGGAGCUGUGGACAAACUUUAGAAAUUUAUUACACAGAGUAUAAAUUUUUCUCCCCCCUGGUUGCAAUGUUGACAUGUGGUUACUAUAAGACUGGUUUGUGCUCAAGUCCUCUUUUUUCAUUUUUAAAAGUUAUAAGAGGGUUCAUGUUUUCUAUGAUUGACACUUGAUACAGCCUAUGGGCGUACGAAGAUUCAUCACAGUGACUCUCGGCAAUUCUCCCACCGAAUGCGUACAACGGAAGCGCGCAAGUGGUGGUUUCAGGAAGUGGAGAAAAUCCCAGAAAUACAGAGAGCAACUUGGCUUCAGAUGCGUAUAAUGACAGAAGGCGGGGCCAUGUUGUCCAUAGUAUAUACAGUCUAUGAUUGGCACCCUAGUUACCCCCAUGUACUUCUAAUAAGUUAGUGAGUACAUCUCUGACGUACCAAAAAGGAAGUGCACAGGGUUGACUGGUUCACCUCUACACUGAUAGGACUGAGUGUCUCUGUUGUCCCUGAUGAGACCUCUUGUAUCUGACAAAACAUGAGAGUGGUCAAUUCUUGGAAUGCAAUCACUUCAAUCAACAACGAACAAAGGGUCACUGGAUGUUCUGUUAAUAAAAUGAUGUGAAUCAUAUACUUCAGCCUAUAACCUGACCCAAAUGCAAUAUAAGACCUUCAAGUUAUUUCUGGCUACUGUGCGUCAUGUUGGGAUCACAUCCACGUAAACAAGAUUCUUAAGAGCUUUAGGCCAAAAGAUUGUGUAAUAAAUCAAUAUCUAAUUAAUGAGGAGAGAAUAAAUCACUGCUGAUCCUCCUUUAAAAAGUAGCUAAGGUAUUUCUUAACAGAUUGCCUCCAAACUGCUUUCAACUCUAUUUACCAAUAAUGCUGUGGAAGCUGCUUUGCCGUUUGUGGUUAAUAAGUGGAGCUACUGGAGUCAAUUAUUCUCACACACCUGAAUUAAAACUGGUAAUUGAAAAACUGCUACAUCCUGAGUGAAAUGACGUUUUUCCCUUCCAUCCCUUGUCAUUUUACUUACCAGCACCCUGCUCGAACCCCUUCUUUGCAGUGCAGGAUUAUACUUUGACUUUAUCAGUAAAAAGAUUACUCCCUAUAAGAAUAUAAAAGCUUGUCUUUCAUUUGGCAUAGAUAUAUCUGAAAAAAAAAUGAAUUUUUAAAAAAUAUGUAUGGUGGAAUAGACUGCUUUUAUCAUAACUCCUGUUACAGGCAGUGUUGCCAGAUUGGGCGGUUUACUGUCCGAUUUGGCGAGUUUUUAAUAUUGUGAAAACAUGUCUCUCUCUCUCUCUCUCUCUCUCUCUCUCUCUCUGUCUCUGUCUCUGUCUCUCUCUCUUUUGGAUAAAUAGUUAAAUAAAUACACUGACAGCUGUGGGUGAGGUUUGAUUCUUCCAUGUAUCAGCCAGCCGACCUGGCUUCCAUUGACUGUAAAAAGUUUUUCCAUCUCAAUAUUGUUCAAGUUAAUGAAAAGACGCUGAGUCUGCGUAAAAGGUAAGAUGAUUUUUUAUGUCACCUUGUCUUAUUUGCACUGUGACUGAUUUGUCGCCCACUUUAAGCAUUUGCUUGUUUAUUUUAAAACUAGUUUUUAGUGGUUUAGUGUUUGAAAUCUCAAAGUGUUGAGGGCUUUUCGUGAAGCUGAACAUUUCUUAAAUGCUUCCUACGUCCACUCUUCCUCUCCACCAAAAACAUAAACAACAGGAGCUCCUACAGAGUCCUGGUGGCUUGCUGGGACCAGAUGGAUGAAGUAUAGAGCUGAUGAUUCUGCAGAGACUGGGUGGAGAUGGGGAGGUGGAGGGUGUGCAUAAACUAACAGCAUGAAAGAACUAGAGGCAGAGAAAAAAUGUUUCUCAAAUGAGAGCAGAACAAAGAUAGGCUGAUGGUGAGGAUGUGCUUCCGUGCUGUAAGUAAACAUUGGUCACUUAACCGAUGGCUGCUCGCAGUGGUAAAAGCAGGAAAAGUGAGCGAGCAUAAGAGCGGAAGAGAGACUUAAGCAGCUGUGUCAGCUCUGGAGCUACACGUACAUACAGUAAGUUCUCUCUAAACAGUCAUAUGCAUUUCAAUAGGAUGUUUGCUCCCUUAUCCAACAUUCACACACAGACAUAUCAGCCUCCAAACACCCCACCUUUAUACCCAGGUUGCACAGGAACAUAAUGACCUACUAUUGAUUCCUCUCUUGUCGCCUCUCUUCUCUCCUCUCGCUUUCUAACCCGCUUUGCAAUAAGGGGUUAUAAUAAUAGAAAGGCUGCUGUGUGUGUGUGUGUGUGUGUGUGUGUUUGUGGGUUUUCUGCUUUUUGAGCUGAGCAGCAAAAUUGUAUUUGUGCACAUGUGUGAGUCAGAGUUGAUCGAGUGUAUUUAUGCACUGUGUGAGUGAAUUGGGUACAUGAUGGUGCAUGCUCUAACAUGGUUCUGGAGCGCUAACCUGGUUGUGUACAAAUAGGUCCCAUGAAUAGGACAUGCAUUUCAGUCCUUCACAACGCCAGCAGAUUAUCAGGUGAGAAGAAUUCACAGAGAGAGAUUCUGCCUUUUGUUCCCAGUGAGACACUUGAACGCUCUCUUUAAAUUUCUUUUUUUUCCCUCUUCUCACAGACUUGUGAUCAUGUUGUAACUCUGUUAGUGUCAGAGCGAGGCUACUGUUUGAUUUAGUUCAGUGGUUCUCAGUAUAAACUAUGUGACAUUUUUAUCAAGAGAUUAACUAAGAUGACAAAAAAUAAUGUAUUCUUUUUGUUUCAGUAAAUUAAUAGUUACUGUUAAAUGUGGUCAUGAAUAAAGUAUAUGAUGCUUUAUAUAAUGAUAUUUAAUGACUAACAAUGUCUCAGGUGUGAUAUGACACAUCGAAUAACACGUGUGCAGAAACUAUAAAAAAAUAAAUAUUAAUAAAUAUUAAUAAUAAUUUUGUCUCACACAUACUGAAAAUAGCAAACAAUCAGGAAGACAGAUGGCCUUAUAUUAAACUAUGAUUUGCACUCAAGUGAGUAAUGAAAAUGGAAAAGUGUUUUAAAAACAUAAGAGAAAAACAGCAAAAAGGACAUGUUAAUCUUUGUGCACAUGCUGAGGCAGGGUGCCCUCUCAAUGAACUUUCAUAGUCCCUGGGACUGAUUUAGGCCAUGGAGCCAGUGUUUUCCCUCAUUUUGUGAUGUCCUACUUCUUUUACCUCACAGAUGAUUGCGUGGACAGAUUUUCCAGCAAAGCACCGGCACCUGAGAUGUCUUGAUACUUAAAUCACUGUACUUCUAAUAAGAUGCUUGGUUUUAAAGCAAGGUUACAUACUUGCUUGAAAACUGUUAGUGUGAAUGUGCAUGCAACACACAAAAAAAAUCAUGUACCAAAGAAAAAAGUAACAUAGAAACAAACAUGACAACAAAAAGGCCAGAAACAGCUACAAAGAGAGGCACAAUGAUUUCAAAGAGAGACAUAAUAGCUGCAAAAGGCAUGUUGUUUGUAGUCAUUUUCUGAGUCUCUUCCUUUUCUGUCUUUUAUGCCAGUGAAGUGAUGGACCUGUUUCAUAUCCAAACUGAGAGAGAAAACUCAUUGUCAUCCUCCCCAUGUCGUCAUUUUCUGGAUCCACCAAGAAGUGGAACGUCUUCAUUGUUGUCUUUAUCAUAUCCAAAUCACAACAGUCAUUGUACUAAUAUGCUUUCCAAAAAAAGAACAAGUCUAGACCACACUUUUUUUUUUCAACACAGCCUGCUGUGUCACUUCUGUUUUCUUCCCUCUUGAUUUACCUCUAGUCUGCUGUUGACGGUCUUGAUAACUUCUAAGCAAAUGUCAGACAGUUAUCUUCAAAAAGAAAAAAAUGUGAUAUAUGCGUGGAAAAAAAAAUGAGGCAGAGAAGACCUCUUGUUCACGUUCUUCUUUGAGCUUCACGAUGUAUUUCUUUCACAAAAGAAGCACAAGGGUGAAGAGACAAAGCAAACAGAGAGGCACCAAUAGACAAAGAGCGUCUGGAGACAAGUUUUCCUCUCCUUCCAAAGGUUCAGGCCUCUUUUUAAAGUUGAUAAGCAUGACUGCACUGCACUGAUAUCUCUGUGUAUGUGGUGUCAGUAAUGUGUUCAUGUUGCUGAGGAUUUUUUUUGUCACUGCACACAUAUUAAUAAAAGCAGUCUCUCUUUUUUACCUCCUCCUCUCCCUCCCUCUUUUGUGUACUUUCCCCAUCUGUAAAUGCAAUUUCGUUGUGCACAGUUGCAAUGACAAUAAAGACCAUACCAUACCAUACCACACCAUAUAAGAGUUCAUCUGUAAAACCAACUCCGAGAGAGCUCCAGGAUUGCCAGACAUUGUCUUCAUUGCUUUCUUUCUUUCUUUCUUUCCUCCCUGCUCCUAUGGCCCUCUGUCCUGAAGGGUAUCUUGUAUGUACCUUGAGUGCUUGUAUUUUGACAAAAUGUAAUACUGUCCAAGUUUUUCCUUUUUACUGCAGAUCUAUGUAAACAAUCUGUUCAAUGAAAACUCCAUCCCUUUACAGUGAAGGUCUGUGUCCUGGUCUCUUAAGAGAGCUAUUACACUGAGGAGGAGUUACAUGAAAUCCAUUGUGGGUUCACAUGGAGCUGCAUUUCAUUGUGUUUUUAAACCUUGUACUGAUUCGUUUCUUUGUGUUUCUCUUGCAGGACACAGAGAUCCUCAACACAGCAGCUCCGACUGAGCAAACUAUCUCUGUACCAGAAAAGGUGGUCACCAUGAGAACAGAUGGAGCUCUCUCUGAUGUAACAGAAGCUGUGGAGAGCAGGUCAAACAGACGGACAGGUUAUCAAGGUGAGUGGGAUGUGUUUUGAGCAGCUGCUACUUACAGAUGUCAUGUGCUUCAUGGUCAGCUUUGUGAAUGAAAAGAAUGAACAAAAGGUUGUUGUUGUUGUUGUUGUGCAGGAGUGCUUUGUGUGAUCAUUUAUCUUGGAAGCAGGUGCUGAAUUUCCUCCAGCAAGAAAGAGCAUGGCUUUUUUUUUUUUUUUUUUAAAUUCAGAAAUUGAAAAGCUAUCCUAA